CCGUCUUUGCAUUUGUGUGUUAUAUUUACUUUUCCAUCAAGUACGGCAAAAUAUUCGACUGUUUUCGGGCUUUUGGCUUUGUAACACAAUGUACGAUGUACGGCGAAAUUAAUAAUACUCAAAACAGAGAAACAUAAAAACAGUGGUGGAUUCGUUGGUUCGGUGGGGGGAGGGGUUUUUGGGGAUCUCAACCACCGAUUGUUUAUAGUGGUUGUGUGAGUAAACGAACGUUAGUGCGAGUGUGUAUCUGUAUCUGUAUGAUUUUGUAUCUUUUUUUUGGUUUUUGUUGUAUUUUGUUGUAUUCGUGAGUGAGUGCGGGUUAAAGCAAGAGUUUGUGAAAAAGAAAAAGCAAUAACGUUGGGGGUUUUCUUCAAGACCAACUGGGAUCUGGGAUGUUCUUAUUGGCAUCUGUCAGUUGCUGCGCGGUGAAUGAACUCCAAUCCGAACUUACACUUUGGCCGCCUUGCUGCCAACCCAACGGAAAAAACGAGGCGCAUUAAGCAUUAAACAUAAAAAAAAUUAUAUAUUUCCUUGUCCAGACCCCAGACAACUAUAUCGAUGGUGGGCGCACAGACGACAGCAACUCCCAACUCUCUUCCACUCCAAGCCCUCUCGUUUUCCCCCUCACCAUUCUCCCCCAAGCUCCUAACCGAAAAAUGUCUGACACCAUUGCAGUCGAAAAGGAAGGAAUCUGUCCUCUAAGCGAGUCCAAGGGUCAGGAAAUUGGUACACCAGUUGACCAAGAGUCCCAGAAAUCGGAGCAAGUUAUCCUAGAGACCUACAUAACAGCGCCUCUAAAGAUCGUAGAGCCAUUCGAGAAGUUCGAGAAGGAAAAGGAGGAGGAAGACAAGGAGAAGGAUAGCCCAAUAAGAAGCUCCACAAGUCCGGAGGACAUCACCGAGAUCGAAGUGAUCAGUGCCAAGGCAAAGAAGUCGGUCAGCUUCAAUCCCAACGACGAAGAGAUACGCAAGUUCACCACCGGUGAACCGAUUGUGGAUCAAAAGAAUCCAUUCCGCAAUGGACACAUAGCCGCCACACGGGAGAAGAAGACUCCGCCUCCGGUGCCAACGAAACGAUCCACCCUAAGUGUUCGCAAAACCGUGACCCAGCAACUUAGGGAGCGGGAACGUGAACGGGAGCGGGAGCGCGAAAAGGAGCGGGAGCAGCAGAAGAACGAGUCCAACACUCGGAAAAGUAAGUUCAAUCGAUCCCAGUCGCAGACGGAUGACUUUGUGACCACGGAGGAGGUGCUCAAGCAGUCCAAGUAUGUGAAAACGUACAUUAAGAAUCCGGAUGCAUACUUUGUCUAUGAUCCCUCGGUGCUGGCACGGCUCAAGCUAGAGGAACUCAAGGAGACAACCGGCAAGUUGCCCAAAAGGAAACAGACGGUGAAGGAAACGAGGACGGGAAAGCAGGCCCGCCAUCAGAAUCAGCAGCCGAAUCAAAAGGCCCAACAGUUACAGAAGCCAACGCAGCCCACAUUUAAGAAGUGCUCGAAGCCAAACUACCCGGAGUUGGCCAACUUGAAAAUCCGCACCGGUACCAAUUCCGAUCCAGAAAGCAGUGCCUUAUUCAAUCCCGCUGAGGUAACGAAAAAUGCUCGCAAAUUCGACGAGAGGGUGAAGAAGCUACAGAUCACCUCGGACGAUGAUCUGGACGACAUCGAUGGCCCGUUGACGAAGAGUGAGUCCAGUGACGAGUUGGCGGCCAGUUCCUCUGCGCCACAAAGUCCAGACAAGCCGGUGGCUAUGAGUGCGCCGGGCGAAUUGCCCUCGCCCACGCCCUCGCCAGGCACGUUCACCAACACCAUUAGCUCCGAUGAGUUCCAAGCGUAUCUGGACUCCAAGGGUCUGGCCCUAAUGCCCCGGCGCGAGCUCUUCUCGCCGUCGCCCACAAUCGCCAGGACCUCGACGCCCAUGCAAACGGCGGAGGAGCGACGCCAACAGGUGGCUGAGUCACUGGCGGCCCUGCGCAAGAGCAACACCAAGAAGCUCAAUGUACUCCAGCGGAUCUCGAACAGUAUAUUUCCAGCUCGACGAAAAACAACACCCAAGUCGGAAGCUCCUUCGCCGCGUAGCAUCUUCAACGAUUUGGAGAAGGAGGACUAUCGCCGCAAGGCGGAUGUCCCCACCGAGAUACGUCGUGUUCUAUUGGAGCGCCAGAGUCCCAACUGCCGUCGCCAAAAUGGACAAGUUCAAUCUCCGACCAUUGAUUCUGGCAUCGAUAAAAGUCCCAGGAACUGUGACAGCAAUUUGCAGAACAGAAACGGUGACACGAAUUUGCCCAUGCGAAAUGGUGACGCCAGCUUGCACAUAAGAAACGGUGACCACGCAACUUUGCAGAGGCGAAACGGUGACAACACCUUGCGAAGAUCGACACUGGAGCGACCAGGUGUCAAUCCCAGACGUCAGUGGCCAGAGGCACAGCAGGUUGGUCGCAUAAACCGCUCCACUUCGGUGGAUCGCAGCCAAUUCAACCAUGAACAGCCGAUCCAGGGCACGGCAAGUCCUGCGACCUCAUCGACGCCAGUACGUGGCCAAAACCAGUGGGACCAAUUGCGGGCCAUCAAAGAGGUGACGGAUCGCCAGCUCUACCACAAGCUGCAUCAGCAGCAGCAGCUGCAGGCACAACCAAUCCAGGGACAACAUCCAGGGGCAAUCAGACAACGAGCGAGUGAGGAUAUCUACGCCCAGGUGAUAGUCCAUCCCGACCAAACAAAUUUUGUGCGCGGCUCAGUGCAGCGUAACACCUUCUCCGGUAUCAGCGGUCGCAGCCGGCCCCUCAUGGUUUACAACAGCACGCCGAUGAGGCAGCAACAAGUGCAACCACAGCCGCCGCGCUGCCAGAGUGUCCUGGACCACAUAACGCCCAGUGCUGGAAAUCCAGGUCAACAGACACCAGUGGUGAUGCGGCAUCGGGCGGCGAACCAGGGGCACUCGCAGCAGAUGCCACCACGGCGGAUUGGAGGUCUUCUCACGCGCGAGGAGAUCCUCGAGAAGGUCAAGGAGUUUUGCCGCAAGAGCAUUACCCGGGCACCGGAAGCGAAGACGCCGCUCCAGCCCAUCUAUAAGCGACAUCUAACGCCUCCCAAUGCUGAUGUCUCGCCCGUGUCGUACGCUUCCGUGGAUGACCAAUGUGCGCGGCCACAGGUGCCGCAGCGCGUCCAGAGCUUACCCGUCGCCCAGGGGCGCUAUGUAACCAGCGGCAUGUCGGCGGACGGACCGUCGCCCAUCUACGCUCAUGUCAGCAAGCGAAACAGCUUGCUUUCCAAUGUCUCCGAACAGUAUUUAUCCAAUCAGCAACUUGGAACGCUGACCAGGCCGGUGCCGCUCAACCAGCUGGUACUGGUGGACACGGGCGAGGGUGUUCAGGUGGCCCAGCUGGUUGACUACCUGCCCUAUGUGCGCCCGGCGCCCGCCCACGGCUAUGUGAUGCAGGAUGGCAGGGCCACGCCGCUCAUCCUCGACCAAUCGGCCCAGCAGACCAGCCAGAUUUACUGGACACCGCAGCACCGCCAGCGGAUCGCCCAUCCGGUGCCAGCACCACGCUUUAUGAAGGGUCAGGCCAUGCCCACGUCCAGAAACAGCACGAUAAGCCGACAUAUGGAGGAAAGGAUGGGUAAUGCCUCCGACUGGGAGCUCAGCUCGGAAGCUGGGGAAGUACGGCGCAUAAUGGAAAAGCAAUUAUAAUUUAA